AUGUACAUGAUGACUUCGGCACAUCCGCUCUUCGGUGGAGCUUUCGCUGUUCUGCUAGUUGCUGGAAUAUUCCUUCAGUAUACAAUGUUUGCAUGUAUCGAGCACAAUGGAGCGCUCACUACACAAGUGCUGUCCAAUGUCAGAGCUGCUAUCCAGAUCUUCAUUGCGUACUUCCUCUCUCUCUACUUAUUCUACGACGUAUCGCCUGGAUUCCUAAACUAUGUCGGACUUUUCUGCACUGGAGGUGCUGCCUACUAUCUUUACAAGCAAAGGAACCCUGAUGCAAUCCCACAGAAGAACUCCUGGGCCAGUAAGGCGUAG